CUCUAUCAAUAUAUUACCAUUAAACUCUAAUAAAAAAAUAAUUUCACAUUCCAAAUCAAAGGAAGACACCAAAAUCUAACCAUGUGAACACCUUGCCUAUAUAUAAUCCCCUUAGACAACCAACCACAAGAAGCUCUAAUAACUCAUUAUUCAUUAACACACACCUCAAACUAAAAAAAAAAAUGUAUUCUGUUGCUUCCACUUCCCUUACUUCACCACUCCUCCACGACCUUGAGAACUUCCAUUACUCAAGAAGGUUACUCCUUCACUCCCCAUACCUUAACCAAUCAGCCAAACCCCCAAGAAGCAGCCACGAUUCUUCAACAGAAACAUACCUUGGAGAUGGCAAUUUCGAUGCAAAUGUUGUCAUGGUACUCUCAAUCCUACUCUGUGCUCUCAUAUGCUCACUGGGGCUAAACUCCAUCAUAAGGUGUGCACUAAGGUGUUCAAAUUUUGUUGUGAGUGACUCAGUGGCAACCAAUAACAAUAACAACAACCCUCCAGCAGCAAGAGUUGCCAACACAGGAGUGAAGAAGAAAGCACUCAAGACUUUCACCACAGUGAGUUACUCAGCUGAGCUAAACUUGCCAAGUUUGGACUCAGAGUGUGUGAUAUGCUUGUCAGAGUUCACAAGUGGUGAAAAGGUGCGCAUUUUGCCAAAGUGCAACCACGGGUUCCAUAUUCGCUGCAUUGACAAAUGGCUAAGUUCACACUCUUCAUGCCCCAAAUGCAGACAGUGCCUAAUUGAGACUUGCCAGAAGAUUGUUGGGUGCAGUACUCAACAAGCUAGCUCAUCGCAACAACAUGUGUUGGCAGUGCCAGAAACCAUUGUGACCAUAAUAGCCCCACUUGAGCCAGAAGGUUUGGUGCGUAACUAUAGGGAACUUAGCUAAAUUAUCUAGUACUUAUUAAUUAGAGCUUAUCGAUUAAUAAUGACAUAAUGGUUGAAGUGGAUGAAUGGAAUGGAAUGGACCCUAGUCAGCCAUACUUGGUUAAGACUAGUCAGCCACCCACCACUCAAUCAAUCAUAGUUAAUGUAGUGGUUAAUGAUGAUGAAUGUAUAUAGCAUGGAGUCUCUUUUCUUGUGUUGUUUCAAUUUUACCUUCCCCACUUAAAUGUACAAAACUAGUUCAAAUUGUAAUUACAUUCUUUCCAAUAAUAGUAAUCUGAAGUGGGUACCUUAACAGGGUACUUAGUAGCCUACAA